AUGGGUAACCAAAGUCAAGAUGAAGUGUUUCUGGCCGCACAAGAGGCCGUAGGUGCACAUCGAGACUCACAAGAUGGUGACGUCCAGGAAAUUAAAAACAGCUUAGAAGAAAUAAUUUCACUGUUAACGAUGAAUAAACUAGAUAUGGAAGAUAUUAAACAACGAUUAGGUGGAAUCAGGGAAAAUCCUGCUAACCAAACAGCAGAUGCAAUGGAAGAGGUGCCUGUUACUUUUCCUUUAGCAACGUUGACCAAUAUUGAGGAAUUAGAGGACUACGUCAAAACCGACACUGGAAAAAAUGCUUUCCAAAGACACAUUAAAAAGAUUGGAGGAAAUGACUCCAAGGAUUUCAUUUUAAGAAUCCUUAGGCAUACGUUAACAAAUUCUCUAGCAGAAUUAUUGUCAUGGACGGGACGAAAGGGAAAUUUUCCAAUUAAACAAUUGCUCUGUAUCAACAUUAUAUUUGGUGCCGUCCAUCGUGCAUUUAAGUGCUCUCUUAAGGAAUUCGAAAUACAUGUGAGGGAGUGGCUUAGACAUGCGAGACAAAGAAAACUUCGCGAAGAAAGAAAACAAAUGUAA